AUGAAUCCUUUUCAAGGAAAGUGUGACAAUUGCCGCUUUAGUGCACCCACUGGACGCAUGAAUUUAAACCCCGAGGAAAUGGAGACACAACAUAGAGACAUCCCUCUACACCGAAGUCCAGGCAAGACAGAUCUAUCUCAACUAAACUCAGAUUUUAGACACACUCCCAGCAACGCUGAUGAAGCUAGGCCAAGUAUCAGCGAGGGCAAAUCCAGUCGUUGUGAAGAACAUCCAGAUCAAUUGUUUCAAUCACAUCGAAUGCCGUCACUGAAUCGACACAACUUCCAUCAGUUUGUGGAUGACAAGGACAUCACUUUGAUCUUGUUCUACCACUCAGAGAUGCCGGACAACACGGAGUUCCUGAAGACGUUUGCUUCGGCAGCCUGCUCCAGCCAACGACAUGGCCACACCUACGCUACGGUCAACUGUCUGAUAGACUCCCAGUUGUGUCUCUCCAAUCACGUGACAAGGACGCCAACCAUCACCUUGUACUCUUUUGGCCAGGCUGUGGGUUCACUGCCACAUCUGGACUGCGUACAGGAAACACAUCUGCGCAACUUUGUGGAACAAGCGUCCAUUGUACAAGCACCCAGAGGUCGCUUUCAGGAGUGUCCCCCUCUGCAACAGUUUUGA